AUGUACAUAGGAUAUAUUUUGCUGAGUCUUCAUUGUAUUCAUGGAACUUGCCCUUCUGUGAAAACUUUAGAAUGCCAAUAUGCCCUGGGUAUGGAAAGCGGCAACAUUUCUGAUGGACAGAUAAGUGCCUCUUCUGAGUGGAAUACCAGUCAUCAUGCGGACCAGUGCCGGGUUGCUACUACCUAUUACGCCGAUCAGUGGGAUGCCACCCACUAUACCCACCAGGGCAGACUGCAGUUCAAAGCAGACGGAGUCAGAGGGGGCGCUUGGUCAGCAGCCGAAAAUGACGUUAAUCCAUGGCUCCAGGUUGACCUGGUUAGUAAUUUUACCAGAGUAACCGGUUUAGCUACCCAAGGACGAGAUGACUAUGACUGGUGGGUCAUAGAAUACAAUCUACUGUACAGUAGUUACCAAAAUUCAAACUUCAAAAACUACAAAGAAGGAGGACAGACAAUGGCGAAGGUAAGAACUCCUUUUUUUAUUUUUCCUUAGCACUGGGGUCAUGGAUUAACUCUGUCAAAAUCCAGAUAUAAGAAGAUGCUUUUAAAUGUACCCUAGUAUAUUUUUUACCAUUUCUCUUUAAAAUUAAUUCAACAAGCUGAACCUCUAGUCUGGUUGGUGUUAGGUGCGGGACGGGGGUGGGAGUAGGUACCAAAAACUGGUCAGAAGUGGCAACCAUAAUAAAUUUAAUUCAUUUCAUACGGGUAUUAACGAAAAUAACAAUAGUACUUGCUGUCUUCGUACCGUACGCAAAUGAGAGAGGGGCUUAUUUUAGAUAAUUAUUUUAGAGACAAUGCUUAAAAGAGGUGUGGGAGCUUCUUAGAAAUCUUACCGUGUACCGAACGUUAUAACGCAAAAGCACAGUUUACACAACAGCAACGCUUUUACGCCUCUGAUACAAUCCAAGUGGUUAAGGGUUUGGCUACCAGCUUAAUACAAGAAAAAGGAACAUUAAGUUAACCUUGACAAAUAGCCUUAAACCAUUUUGGUGGGCAAUACGACCUAUUUCUAAAGUUUUAGUUAAUUUUGCAAUGUGUUGACAAGUAAUUAAUAAGGGGCACUUGUCAUCUGUUUUCUAUGCUGGUUGAAAAUACAAAGUACACUUCCAAAAUGGAAAAAUCACCGCCAACGUUUUCCAAAACCAGCUAAUUAUAAUGCAGGCAGAAACUAUAACAACGCUAAAAAAGGUUUUAUUCAGAGAAUUCAAGGAAGGCAGCCAUUAAUAUAAACACUUCAACCUUCCGUACGGUAAUCUAAGAGAGUCUUGGAUUCUGGAUUCCAAGUUGGGGAUUCCGGAUUCCAGGUACUCAACUGCGGACUUUUUGUUAGCGGAACUUGGAUUCCGAAUUCCAAUCGUUAGCGGGAUUCCGGAUUCCUUUAGCUGAAUUCCCACAAAUAUAAUAUAUACCACUAGAAUAAUGAACCUCUCUCUGAUAUCAUGGAUCUUAUUUAUUUGCAGGUAUUUGCUGGAAACAGUGACCGUAACACUGCUGUUCGUCAUAACCUGACCAAGCAUAUUACGAGUCGUUACAUUCGUUUGAAGCCGACAAAAUGGCACAACCACAUAUCAGUGAGACUAGAGCUGUAUGGUUGUUAUGGUAAGAAUGCAUCUUGUCAUUGCUAA